AUGAUGAUGACGUGCCGUCUGCUCUGCGCCCUGUUGGUGCUUGCCCUGUGCUGCAGACCGUCCGUGUGCGUUUCAGAAAUUCAGCCUGCCGCUUCUUCACAGACGAAUAAAGCACCGGUACCAAAUAAGCCUGAAUCUCCUGAAUCCGUCACCGGUGAAUCGACUCCUGCAACAGAGGGAGCACCACGGGGUACCGGUCAGCCAGGGUCAGCAAGUAAUGGGGCCGCUGCGGAACACGGAAAUACUGCCGGAGAUGCGGGAAGUUCGCCCGGUCCGCAUCCGCAAUCAAGUGGUGCGCAUAAUACGGUACAAAGAGAAGGUACGGAAGACACGUCAGGGACAAAAAGUGGCACGAGUACAUCCACAGAACAUGCAAAUAAGAAUGUCGACGAUCCUGCCGAGACGACGACGACCACCACCACAAAGGCACCAACCACGACGACCACGACCACCACUGCGCCAGAGGCACCAAGUACUACGACUAAAGAGGCGCCAACUACGACGACCACCCGUGCACCGUCAAGUCUUCGCGAAAUCGACGGCAGCCUCAGCGGCUCUGCGUGGGUGUGUGCCCCGCUGCUGCUCGCCGCAUCCGCGCUGGCGUACACCGCUCUGGGCUGA